CAGAAGCGGAACGAGUGCGGAGGCCGGGAGGCUGCGGGAGAGCUGGCGCACGGAGAGGACGGGCGAGCCCAGGAAGGAGCAGGCGGCGGAGCCGGGGAGGCUUAGAGGCCAGCGGGCCAGCGGGACCUCCGGAUGAAGGUUUUUGGUGCAGAGUGUGCGAGGGCUUCCCAGGAAGGUGGGAUCUGAAGAGAUGAUGGAGGAACUCACUGGGUGGCCUAAGGAGGUUACUGUCCGCGAGUCCCUCCUGAGCAGUGGGCAGCAGGAUUGGCUUCUAAGAAAGACUCACGUUCCCUGAGGCCAAAGUCCGGAAAAAGAGGAGGAGGACAGCAGAGAAGGAGCUGGAAUGGCUGUUCCUCAGGAGUGCAGGACCUGACCUAUCAAUAGGGGACAUUCGAGGCUCUGGAAUAUACGUCCUGAAUGCCCCUCCAGUGGACGGCUGGCCAGAGAGUCUGUGAGGGAGAUGAAGGUUGUCAGGACACGCUUGUGCUUAUUGAGGAUGGACCUCUAGUGUACAUAGUGCUCACCAAGGGCUGCACCCAGGCCACGGAUCACGAGGCCCACAUCACCAAGCAAAACCCAGGCCCCGGCGUGUCUGUCAUCUCCUACACCCGCGUGUGCCGCCAGGAUGCCUGCAAUGACCUCCCCACCACCCUCCUCUCUGGGACCUGCCCUCCCCCACAGCUGCUCAGACUCCACCCACGGCCCUGCCUUGCUUCCUCCCACAGUGUGCCUCCCCGUGUGUCCCCCCAUAUGAGUCCCAGGUGCCCCUCCCCAGGCCUCCUGUCCCCUCCCUCUCUGCCCCUCCCCAGUCAGCCGUCCUUAAUGCCCAGCUUGAGGCCAGCAGGACAGGAGCCCGAGGUGGGCACUCGGGGGUGGAAUAGGGAAGCUGAUUCUUGGGCCAGCAAAAGGCAGGUGGGGAAAAGGCCCCCAACCCCAGUCCAGAGCCCUCAGCCCUCCCGUCCAGUCUCACCCCCAGUCCCAGUAUCCGUGAGGUGUCUGGUCUGCUUAUCCCCACGCUGUAGGCCUGCCAGAGAGGAGACCUGCCCAGCUGGGACCACCCACUGCUGCAGUGGGGAGCUGGGGUUUAUCGGAGGUCAGCCAGGAUUCAGGUCCCUGCGGGCACUAACUGGGGCAGGGGAAGGGUCUGAGGACCAAGAUCAGCCUUGGGGAGGGGGACCGCUGAACCUGGGGCCUGGGGGAGGGCGGGCCUGGCUCCAGGUGCUGCGGCCCCUGCGGAGGGUUAGAUGGUCCCAGGGGCAGCGGCUCCCUCUUUCCCUCUCUCCUCUUUCCACAGGGGGCAUCGGAACCAGUGUCAGCAUCCAGGGAUGCGUGCCUCAAGAAGGCUGCAACUUGUUUAAAGGGACUCAGCAUAUCGGGCCCUUGGUAAUGAUUGAGAACUGCAUUCCUAGAGGUGAGGACCUGACAAGAAGCCGGGCCGUGACCCCAAGGCAACAGACCUGUGAUAUUGCGGAGGUGUGUCAGGAGACGCUUCUGCUCAUAGAUGUAGGACACACGUCACUCAUCCUGGGGAGCAAAGGCUGCAGCUUGGACCAGAUGGAGCAUGCCCCCACUAUCUCCAUACACUCGGGGCCGCCUGGCAUGCUCAUUGCCUCCUACGCCCAGCUCUGCUCCUCUGACGGUUGCAACAGGGCCAACAGUACCAGCAUCCUGCUGAAUUCCCUCCCCCAUCCAGCUGUGCCUGCCCCAGGAGACCUGCAGUGUCCUGCCUGUGUGGAGGUCUCUGGGACCUGUGCAGAAAAUUCUAAAAAUGUCACGUGUCCUAUGGGCACCACUCAAUGUUACAGUGGCUACAUUCGUCUCAAUGGAGGUGGGGCGUCCUACACAGUGAACGUUCAGGGCUGCAUGACCCAGCCUUCUGGCUCCUUGUUGAACCAUACCUGUGAUAUUGGGGUCUUCUCUGUACAUGAGAGUUCUGAUGGGAAUGAAACUCUCCCCCAAGCCAGAGCUUCCCCUCCCCUCUAUUUGGCUUGGGCUGUUGGCCUUGGUGUAUUUUUAGCCCUUUGGUAUGGGGAACCCUCCGUGUUGAACCUAUUUCCAGAUGAUUCUUAGCCCCUGCCACACCUCUGCACCCAACCCUCCCUUGAACUCAUAACGGGACCAGCCUUGGAUGCUGAAUUAUUUCCCAGUCCUCUCCAUGUAUUAUUAUCCCCACCCACACCCACACACUUUAUGACCUGAUAACCACUUAGGGAGGGGCUUGGGAACAUUGAACUUGCCCUAUGGACAUUCAAGCAGUGGCCACCUGUGUCUGAUAACACACCAUCCUUUCCCCCAACACAGGGUUUCUCUACGUGAGGGGAGGGCAGGGCACCCAGAGAUCUAAGAGUGGGUCAGGUCGCCAGCCUUCCCCUCUGCACUGGCUCUGUCCCCCUUCCUACAAGUCCUACCAAGCCACUUUAAGAAAGAAAAUCACUUCCUGGCUUAUUCUUCCUGCCACCGCCUCCUCCCUUCUCAGUCACGUAUCUUCAGCUGCCUGGAUACAUUUCUUUGCUUCUGUUUUUUCACCUUCCACUCACCCUUCCUUGCCCGCUUUCCAUCGCCCCCUUCUCGAACAUCCCUCUUACCAAAGUCACCAACAUCCUCUUCCAUUGCUACACUUGCCCGGUGCUCCUCAGGCUGGUGUUGCGGCAUUUGACCCAACACUGUACUUUCCUGGCAUCAGCCCCCUAAGAGUAAAUGCAAAUCAAAAAGGAAAGAAAACUUCAUCUUCCCUGGCACAAAAAGGGAAAGAGAUCCCCCUUUAUUUCAGAGCAUUUUCUAUAGAAAAUGUAUCAUUGAACUUCUUUCUCUAUCUCUGAGAGGUGUAUGGAAAUCUUUAAAAAAAUUUAAAUAGCCUCUUGCCAGCUCUGAAAUGUAAUGGCAAGGAAGGUCCCACCCCUGUCUCCCGGGGGGGGGGGGCAGGAGCCUGAGUCAGGCGGGCCCCUCCAAGUUGCAAAACUAUCUGCAUCAAAAUAUGAGAAGUUCAUUUUUCCUUUGGAGAAAGCCAAUUCGCUGACACAGGCGGCCACCCCAUUACCAGGUGAAUUUAGGAUGAAGUACGGGUGACAGAUGGUGCUGUCCAGUCCUCUUACUUGAGGACUAGCUGUUGUUUAUCUUGACAGCGUGUGUGUAAUGGCUUCUGUCUGCCUGGCCACAUAAGGGGUCAGCUUUCUUUCUGUCUUUGUAGUUCUUAGUGGAUCGCCUGUGAUGCUCAUCCCAUUCUGGCUUUAAUGCUCAGUCAGUCAUACAACUGCCUUUGAUUCCCUCUUCUACCUGUGUGGAGGGUUUGGGGGUUGAGAGGCGCCUUUCCUUUUAAUCACAUUCUCCUGGCACCCCCAACCUGGUGAAUUUGGAAGACAUCAUCCUGCCCGUCACUCCUGUUUUCAGCUGCUUCACCAACCUUUAAAUGUGGCUGUUCCCCAGGGUCUGUGCCGGCUCCUUCCUCUCACUGCCCACAAGCCCUCCACUCCCCGUUCAUGACUUCUCUUCCAUAAGCACGUGCCUCUCAAGUCUCCAGCUCUUAGCAGGACCUGGCUCCUGAGCUCCAGGCCUGGAUGUCCCGCUCCCUGUUGGACAUCGCCACCUGGAGGGCCCAGGGGAAAUUCUCAUGAUGGGCACAGUUCGUGUUCUAGCUGCCCAGCACGUAAAGGACUCUGCUGUAUUUGGGGAGUUUUCUACCUCUCCAAGGUAAAAGCCAGAAAAUAUUAAAAAAGAAUGGACUUGGUCGCUAAAGGGGAGAGGUGGGGGAGGACGGGUGGGAAGGGAGGGAGAAGGGGAUUGUGGGGUAUCAUGAUUGGUGCACAUGGUGUGUAUGGGGUCAUGGGGAAGACAGCAUAGCACAGAGAAGACAAAUAGGGACUUUGACAUCUUCCUACACUGAUGGACAGUGACUGAAAUGGGGUAGGGGGGGACUUGAUAGUAAGGGUGAAUGUAAUAACCAUGUUAUUUUUCUUGUGAAACCUUCAUAAGAGUGUAUGUCAAUGAUACCUUAAUAAAAAUAAAUUAAAAAAAGAAAGAACAGA